AUGGUCUCACAAAUACCCACCACCAACACCUUCCCCAAAUUCUCUCUCCUGCCUACCGAGCUACGCCGUAGAAUAUGGGAAGAAUCGCUACCCCGCCGAGUCGUGGAAUUCCCACACGUUUCCAUAGAUUUCAGGAUGGCUAUGUGGGAGCGAGAAGUCUGCUUCAAUCCUUUACGACCUCCUCCAAAACCCGACAUGAUAUCCCUGACUGCCCUCGGCGCAAACUACGAAUCAUAUAAUACGUUGAACAGGUUAUAUAAAGAACACUUUGGUUUCGUUGAGGUAGAGGAGGAGGAUUUCGAAGGAUCACUCGCAGGUUAUCAAAGUUCAUGGCCGGAUUCUGAUCUUCGAUGGGCGAGGCCGUAUAAAGGCGUGCGAUUCAAUCCAAAGCUGGAUACGCUAUUGAUCAGUACGGAUACGUGCAGGGCGAUAAUUGAAUUUGGGAAGGAUGGUUUGGAACCUCUUCGAUUUGUCUCCAUCUAUGUACCGCAUGCAUAUGAAUUACCGACCUAUAUCGACCUGGGGUUUCCGUCUGUUAUGAGCCUCUUUCUGAAUGCACCGAAGCUACAGAUGAUUGGCUUGGUUUUCCCAGGACAGGACUAUGGGUGGGAGGACGAGCAAGACGAGAUUCCUGCCGAGCAUUUGAAGUCGUGCGAAAUUGCACUGCGGGACUACUGGGAUACAUGGAGGGAUACUGAGGGACGACAUAUUUAUCCAUCGGACCAUGAGGGCACUUUGAAAGCUCAGAGUGAUCGCAAGAGGUGGAGGAGUAUUGUCGGCGUUUCUCGACCUGAAUAG